CUGAGUCUGAGGUGCGCGUGUCCCGGUAGUUGCCGUGCGCCCGCCAUGGUCCCGCGGGAGCUCGGUUGCCUCCUCCUCCUCCUGCUCUUCCUGCUCGGCGCCUGCGCGGUGUCCAGCUCCCCCGGGCCGGCGGGGACCGCGCCGCCCCCGGGCACCGCCGCCAACGGGACCGGGCCGGCCGGGAACCACAGCGACAGCGGGAUCCGAGGCCUGGACCUGCUGGGCGGGCGGUUCCCCGCGGUACAACGGGGCUUCUACGUGCUCACCGGCCUCUGCGCGCUGGCCGCGCUCUACUUCCUGGUGCGGGCGCUGCGGUUGAAGAAACCUCAGCGGAAGAAAUAUGGUCUCCUUUCAAACUAUGAUGAAAAUAUGGAGUUGGGUUCUCUCGACAGCGAUGAAGACACAGUGUUUGAAACAAGAAAUCUGAGACGGUGAUGUGGGACCAAUGGCUCCAACUGCACAGACUGACCGAGAAGGUGCAAGUCCACCAGCAGAAUCGCCUCACCAGUUCUUGGGUUUAUUUUUUCUAACUGCUUAAGAUGACUGCUAGUUAACAGCACACAAUUUUACAGGUGUGUGGGGGAGGGAUCUAAACCUGUUUCCCUUAUGUAGGAGAAGGCGGAGUGAUGAAAUGACAAGUCCUACUGCACUAGGCGGUAUCGCUCGCGCAGGAAGCUUUGUAACUCUCUUGAUAAUGAAAAUGAGACUGUCUAAGGCGGGCUUUCGGUUUCUAACAUUCCUAGUGAUGGACUGAACUGUUGCAGCUGUGUCAGUCUGCCUACGAAAUCUAGUCAAUAUCCUGUAUAUGUUUAUAUCCCACUCUCUAGCAAUUACUGCAGUGAAACUGAAGUGGUAUCCGGCAGUUGGAUUCUCUUGUAGCCCACACAAUGCUCUUGCAGUGUUGAUAUAGGAUUACUUUUUACUAAUUGCCUUUAUAACUGACUCCACGUAAGCGAUAUCAGUCUCUGAGGUCUGGAGCUAUCCUUUGCGUUAGGUAAUGGAUCUGUACUGUAUUACGUUAGUUCAGCCCGCUGGAGAACGGCUGUGGGGCGGGGAGGGAGCGGGUUAAGUGCAUUAGUGUUCUUGCAGUUGGUAUUAGUGCUAAUGCCGCAACCCAAAGAUGGACAUGACGCAGUGACAAUACAAGUCAUUGCCUGACUUAGAGAAUGAAGAAAUGUGUUUACAGCUAAGAGAGAUCACUGGGGCAGGAGGAGAGGCUGAAGUCGUAAUAACUUGUUUGGCUAGACUGUGGGAUCAACACAUGUUCAGAUUCUACUCUUGUAUAGUUGCAAACCAAAGUACCUGCAAAAGACCCCUUCGCCGCAGAGCUGUUUAAUAUCUACCAAGCUAUUAGAUUCAGUACAGAUGGCAUUGCUGUCCAAGGUCGCCAGGCACAGAAAGUCGGAAGUGCUUGUUCCCAGUGCAACGCAUCCAAGAACAACUGUUGGCUGGAAAAAGCGGAAUAACCUUGAAGAGGAGUUGAAGCCGGAUCCCUAUCGACUGCAAAUCUUAAGCUGAGGCAGUGCUGGUUCAAAAAUAACUCUUCUUGCGUGGGGGAGCAGUUUCAAUCCAUGCAUUAGUGCUCUGGGCUGUGCCACGGAAUAAGCCCAGUGAGCCGCAGAAAAGUCCCAGUGUAGCCUGGUUGUGUUGAUGGUCAGUGACCCGUGGUGUAGGGGCCAUAUGUGAAUGUACUAGAAGGGUGCAGCAAAUAUCUCCUUCCCUGCACCCUCAUCAGGUACAGACCCCGCUUGUAUUCUGGUGGAAACUGUGCUAGCAACAAUCCUGAUUAAAGCACACUUCUUGCAAGCAUGUGGCUUCAGCCACAGUGCAGAUGCGGGGUGCAGUUUAUUUGCAAAUUAAGGGCCAUACAGCCCUGCAAUCCCGAAGAUCCCCCCCUCUCCUCCGGGGGGGGGAGGCCAUUGCUACAAGAAUCCCAGCACAGUCACCCUGUAAGCUAGAAAAUCCCCUACUGGAGAGGUGCAGCUUUAAAGCUACAGGACUGUAUUGUUCUCGAUGCAGAUUGGACACUACGUGAAGCGUCUUUGGGAGGGAAAUAUGGGAUAGCAGCUCCUUUCUCUCGGAAAUGAAUUCUGUCUUGUUAAUGAGGGAGAAACUGACCUGUUACAAAAAGAGCGGGAAGGAGAGUGAUAAAAAUUGACAAUGCUUAAAUGCGUUUGCUACCAGCCAGGCAGUAGAAGUGAUCUCUGGGAGCUGAGCCAUGCUUUGAAGUCCUGAACCAAGCCAAUGUAGAGAGCAUCAUGUCCCUUGGGGUCAUCUACGCAACAGGCAGUAUUUCUCGAUACCAAGGUGUCCUGAUUAGAAGUGCUGAUUUCCUCUACCACCCCAGAUACCUUAGCUCUUAGCUGUAGGCUCCCCAGCCUGCUGAAAGAGGUGCGUACUUGUUUAAGAUUGAAAAACAAUAUUUUUGAAAGGACGACUUCCGUAUGAUCAAACAGCACCUUGAUAGUCACGGAUUUCAUCUCAUUUGUGUCUGUUAAUGUCCAUUUUAGCACCUUUAUGUUUAACUGAUGGAGAGAUGACAGUGUGCUUUCCGUGUUACCUGAGCACAGCUGUAAUGGCUGAAUUUGGCCACUGCUGCCCUUGGGUGAUGCAGAGAGUUAGCUUGUUUUGAUUCAUUAGAAUGGUGUUGCCUUCAUCCCUUCUAGGGUGGUACUCCAUAAACACACUUGGUAACGCUUGCCUUAACCCUUCAGCUCCCAUCGCACCUCUUUUCCUGUAAAGCAUCAUUCACAAGUCACUUAAGUCAGACGCUGCAUUGUGGUCCAGUUAGUUAACUGUUUGGCUCAGCUCUUUGACUGUAAUGUUCAUCGGCCUUGCAUUAGCUGAGGCAAGUUAUUUUGUCAUCCCUUAAGUUCUGCUUCUCUGUUGGACAGAGUGAGUUUGCAAUCUUUGAUUUUCUUGGGUCUGUUGGAAUGAACGGUUCUAAGACAGUAUUGAUUUUAAUGUGUUAACGGUUUAAUAAUUCUGGUGAAAGAAAAUGGGACCUAUUUUAUUUUUGUAUAUAUAUAUAUUUUCAGUUAUUCAGGUACAAACUAGGGGGCUAUUAUGAAAAUGUUCUAAGUGGAGUUUGAUGUCCCCUUAGUAAUUAUUAAAAAUCUAGGUGAGGAUAGCACUGGAGCAUGUAAUCUGUGAGAUACCAAUUCUGCUGGCAUCAAGUAGGUGGAGUAAAUUGAGUAGGUGCCUAAAUUCACCCCAUUGCAGAGGGCUGGCAUGAUGCCUAUGCCCCACUUUAAACCCUCAAAGUAAGCUGUGCAAGGGUGAAUUUUGCCCCCUGGAGCAUAGAAGCAAUAUUUCUGUGGGUGUAAAGGGGACGCUUGCUGGCUAGGAAAAGCCUCCUAGCACUUUUUGAUUUGAGUCUGUUCUGACUGGAGACAGAUCUGACCUCUGGCCGAUUCUAUAUUAAAAGCUGACCUGUGUAGGCUAUUUUUCCCCUUAAGCAUGGGGAAUGCACCUUAAAUUCUGUGUCUUGGAGUUAGUACAUCAGUCUGGCUUUGCACGUCACAAGCCAAGAUUUUCUCCUCACAUUCCUGCUCUUGGGCUUUUGAUUGCUCUAAAUUAUUGUUCACGUACCUUGCGGGAGGAAGUAAAAUUGAUGACGACAAAAAUGUAAGACUCCUUUCAGUGCAGAUCUAUUGCUCCAUGUGGCCAUGUGCCUCCCCCAGCCUACCCGUAAGAAGCAUGGGAGAGUCAGCACUGCGGCGAGAGCCGCUUCUGAGAGCGGUGGAAACGUCUUGGCCAUGGACAUUUGGAGCGAGGCCAGCGCAGCCCUGGUAGGGCUAUUGCUAAUAAUGGUGGCUUUUAAAUCCUGGCUUCUAUUUCCCCCAAAGAGAGGAGCUCACGCUGGGAGGCGCCUUCAACGGUUAUUUGAAUUAUUUUUUUUUUAAAGCAUGUUUUCGGUUCCGUGUGGACACCCUGGUAGAUUACUCUGCAGUAUGCCUCAGGCAAAGCUUUCGCGGCCCUCCUAGAGUGCCACUGGUAACACCUCCUCUUCUGAAAAAUGGAUCUGGUGUGUGUCCUACUUCCUGUUCUGGGUGUGAAUGUGAGAGGCCACUCGCUCUGGCUGCUGCCUCUUGCCAUUGGCCUGCCCAGUCUGCUCCCUCCAGACCCUUGAGCUUCAGAUCCUGACUUGGUUGUUGACAGAGGGCCUGAUUCUCAGGACACCGAGCACUACGGAAGUCGAUGUGAGUUGAGGAUGAUCAGGACCAAGAUUGUGUGAUCCUCCAUAAUGUUCACGCAGACAUUGACCAGCGUGUGCUCCAGCUAACCACUGUAGAGUCUGCUUGAAACUGUUAGGGUUGUUUAAGCCAAAGGCUAAUUAACAAAGUUUACAUAAUUCUCUCUAAUCUGUUUGGGGGUUUGUAUCGAGUUAUCCAGUACUGGCAUCGAACUACUCACCGCUGAACUAAUAGGCAAAUUGUCUGGGGCUUCUGCUGCGGUUAAUGAGAUUGAUUCAAAGUGAUACUGGGCUGGAGCGCACUACUGUUAAUGCUGUACUCCUGUUUUAUUUCAUUUGCACAUGACUUGAAUGUGAUCUGUAGCAUUGAAGUGCUGAGAGAUGGACCUGUGGUCUGAACAGAUUGCUAGGCAGUCAAUAAAAAAGCACUCUAGUGCAUAGUGUUUUCCCUC